AUGGGAAAUAAUGAUUCUUCUGCGCAGUCUUUGUUGAUCUCAAAAAAAAUUGAAUAUGAUGCAUUUGUAAAUCACCGCGGGAUAGACACAAAGGAUACUUUAGCCAGCCUUAUCUUUCAUAACCUUGAGAAAAGGGGCAUCAAGGUCUUCCUUGAUAAGUAUUCGAUUCAAGUAGGGGAUAAAAUACCUGAAACAAUAGAAAAGGCGAUAGCCUCAACCUGUGUUCAUGUAGUUAUUUUCUCUGCUAACUACGCAGAGUCCGAAUGGUGCUUGACAGAACUCUGCUUAAUCCUCAAAACCAGGGCUCCCAUUGUUCCUGUGUUUUGGGGAAUAGAGCCUUCCGAACUUCUAAUGGAAGACAAAGGCGGAAUGUAUGCUAGAGCUUUCAAGAUGCAUUCUGACACUGGUAAAAUCAAGCCUCAAAUACUUGAGGAAUGGAAAUUGGCUCUCCGUGAGGUGUCAGAUAUUAAGGGCCUGAAUAUUCAUGGGUUUGGAAAAUUCUACAAGAUUGUAGCCCGUAAAGUAAUUCAAUGUAGCAGGUUACGAGUUCAGUUUUUCGGACGAAGGAGAGCUAUUAGAAGUAAUUGCAAAGAGCGUAACCGAACAUAUGCAAAGGAUGAAAUCGCAUGUAAAUCAGCUGAGAUGCAAACUCUAGAAAAGGAAAUUUCUUAA